AUGGAUUACAACUUCAGCAAUCAUCUAUCAGAUGACGAAGGUGAAGACAUAGAAUGGGUGAACGGGUCAAGCACUACUCAAGAGUUUGACACUUUUUCAGCUCGUUCAUCAAACAUUAAUAAAGAAGUCGUCAUAGAUAAAGUUAAGAAUGUCAUGGAGAUUCCUAUAAGUGAAAUUCUCACUUUCAACGUGGACCUUGAUUCUGGCGAAAUAAAAAUCAGAUUAAGAUACGCAAAUUUCAAGAAAAACACAAGCUUGAAACAAUUUAUUGGCGCAGAUCAAAUCACUUGUCGUCCGGUAAAAGAAAUAACACUGGAUGUAAUUGAAAGGUUUAGAUUUCGAGUUCAAAAGGCAUUGUAUGCGCUAAAGACACCUGCAGUUCCAAAACCUAAAGAGCUAACACAGGUACAUAGGUCGUCACUGUUGUCGAAAGAAAUCUAUAAUAGAGAUAUCAAACCUCGUGGUAGCAUCCGGUAUUACGAAGAGCAUGAGAGAUACCUGGCUGCUUUGGAAAAAGCAAUGGAAAAAAAGCUGGAAGAGCCUACAAUUGAUCUUGAAUUUUUCAUUAACUGCAUGUUUGGAACGAACACAACAGCGAUUCGCUGGCAAGCGGAAGGGUCGUUCCAUCAUCUGGAAUAUUAUAUACAGCAACGCUUCAAGCGAAAAUUCAGCAUGAUUUGGUAUAAAUUUCAUACAAAAUGGAGUCCAAUGGAGAAUGAAGACGAUUGGAAACUCGUUAAGCAAGAGUUGAUAGAGUCGGAUAAUACACGAUUGUCAUUGUUCAUCAAAUAA